GCUACCCCAAAGGAUCGCUGCCAGGGAGGUGAGGCAGAAGUCGAACUUCAUUGUUCACGGGACACUCUCUGGAAGAGCCCGUUGGGCGCGCCUGCGCAACGUGCGCUCUUUGUGAAGGGCUGCAGCAGGCUGCUUGUUUGUGUCUUGCCUCGGGGCGCGGAGGCGGGACCGAGGGAGUGGCCUGACAGGCGCACGCGGAUUGGGCCGCUGCAGGGAAGUGGGCGGGCACGGGGCGGGGCCUCGGGUAACAACACUGGCCGCGGUGGCCAGCGCUAUUUGUUGCUGCGCCGCCUCGCCCGAGUCAUGGUCCUUGCUCCGAACCUUCCAGCAGCAGCCUCCGCCGCCGCCCCGUGACGCCUGCUCCCCGCCUUUCUGCCGAGUCCCCGCGCCAUGACCGUCGUCUCCAUCCCACAGCGAGAUCUCGCUCUGGGCGGCCGCUUAGCGCCGCUCGGGUUCCUCGGGGCCCUCCCGAUGGUGAACCCGGCCCCGCCGCCCUUGCCGCGCCUUCCGGACCCGCGCGCGCUGCCACCCACCCUCUUCCUGCCGCACUUCCUCGGGGGGGACGGGCCGUGCCUGGCGCCCGCGCCUCGCACCACCGCGCCGUCCGGCUGCACCUUGGCCCCGGCGGCUGCCCCGCGGGCGGCGCCCAAGAAGCGGCGGAAGAAGAAGGUGCGGGCCAGCCCGGCCGGGCAGCUGCCCAGCCGCUUCCACCAGUUCCAGCAGCACCGGCCGAGCCUGGAGGGUGGUCGCAGCCCGGCGCCGGGGCCAAUCGUCGCGCAGGAGGAGCGAGGUCCGGCGGCCACUGCCCUGCUCCACAGACAGCCCCCACUCGCGAAGGAGGUUUUAAAAUCAAAGAUGGGAAAAUCGGAGAAAAUUGCCCUUCCCCACAGCCAGCUUGUGCAUGGUAUACACUUGUGUGAACAACCAAAGAUAAACAGACAGAAAAGCAAAUACAACUUGCCACUAACCAAGAUCACCUCUGCAAAAAGGAAUGAAAGUGACUUUUGGCAGGAUUCUGCUUCCUCCGAUCGAAUGCAGAAGCAAGAAAAAAAGCCUUUUAAAAAUACUGAGAACAUUAAAAGUAACCAUUUGAAGAAAUCAGCAUUUCUAACAGAAGUGAGCCAAAAGGAAAAUUACGCCGGAGCAAAGUUCAGUGACCCACCUUCCCCUAGUGUCCUCCCAAAGCCUCCGAGUCACUGGAUGGGAAGUACCGCUGAGAACCCCAGCCAGAGCCGGGAGCUGAUGGCAGUGCACUUGAAAACGCUCCUCAAGGUGCAGACCUAGGCUUCAGUCUGCAGUGUGUAGUAAACCUCGAUUUCCCCAGACCUUUGGACUCGAAAGGAAAUGGAUACAGCAGUGAAAACUUGCCCUGUUGCAGCAUCCAACACAAUGAGCUUAAGUCACACAAGCAGCUUGUAUUAUAUUUUAUAUUUUGUAAAUACUGUAUACCAUGUAUUAUGUGUAUAUUGUUCAUACUUGAGAGGACAUUAUAGUUUUGUUAUGAAAGUAUGUAUUUUGCCCUGCAGAUGUGGUGGGUGUUUUGUAUAUAUACAGUGGAGAUAUUCUAAGUGGGUGCUAAGGCACAUGGAAGACUGUUUAUUUGCACAGGUACCGAAAUUUUUUUAAGAACAGCUGUCAAAUCUCAAAAGUAAAGAUGUAAAUGUGAACAAUUUGCUUAUGUACUACUGAAGGUGAACCCGGCACAGUCACUGUAAACAUGGAGUCUGUGCUGCUCUAAAUUGACUUGACUUUUAAUCUGCAAUUAUUAGAAAGCUUCCCGUUUUUACCAAACCUCAUUUCUGGAUAUUGGUAUAUUGCCAUUAUUGAGAUUUAAAACACCUCUAAUUUUAAAUACCAACAAAAUUGGUUGUAAUCAAAUUUUAAAUCAAUAAUAAUAAUUUGGCCUCCCCCCUUUUAAGGUA